CACGUGAGUCUGUCAUUCGUCAUUCGUCGCAGUUCAAGGUCUGUACGCGACUAUGAGCAAACAGAAGCUCAUUUCAAAACAACCAUCUUCCUUCGAACGUGGGGACAGAGCGAAAGAGGAGGGGAAUCGAUGCUUCAAGACCCAGCGUUGGAAAGACGCACUAGAUUUCUACAGCAAAGCCAUCCAAUACGGCUCGACUGCGAUGGACAAAGUGUACUCUAAUCGCUCCAUAACUCUGCUCAGACUACGCCGAUACGAGGAAGCCCUAGCGGACUCAGAAAAAUGUAUCCUCUUGAAUUCGAAUUGGGGAAAGGGUUACUAUCGCAAAGGAGAGGCUCUUGCUAGCCUGGGAAGAACAGCCAAAGCCGUUCAAGCGUUUAGUUACGGUUUGUCACGUGACCCUGACUACCUCAUGAUUGUUCGCAUUCUCAAGUUAGCGAAGGACUAUAAAGAGGUUGCACUACCGAGCAAUCAACUAAAGUCAGUAGACAUUUGCCAUUGGACAGAGUGUGUGAAACUCUUUUUAAAAAACAAAGAUUGGGAUACUCUAAUAUUUGUGUUUGUACACGACGCAAUGCUGCCUGAUUCUGGCUUGCAGGUUGCAGCAUCUGUUCCCUUGGUGCCGUUUAUUCAGAAACAUGCAGACAAUAACCAGCUUAUAGACAAUCUCAUUGCACAUGGAGCUGGGGUAAACAGGCCUUGGACUGAUGAACAGAACCCGGAUGAUUUGAAUGUUACACCCCUUCAAGCUGCUCACAGAGCUGGGAACCAACGUUUAGCAGUCGUUCUUGUAGAAAUGGGUGCUGAUCCAGCUUCAAUAUCACCCACUGGGGGGCCACUUCAUGUGGCAUCAUCAUGGGCUGUAAAUAGUAGCAACUUGACAUUUUUGAAGUUUUUACUGGAAAAAUGUGAAUGGCAACAAUGGGUUACUGACAAUUCUGGCGAUACCCCUUUGCAUGUAGUAUGCAACAAGCGCUACUCUAAGAGCAAUGGAGAUGUCUUGAUGACUCUCCUAGAACACGGACUUGAUCCAACACUUAGAAACAAACGGAACAAACUGCCUGAGGAUGAUUUGAUAAGCAAAGACAAGAGACGAAAAUUGAUAUCUAAUCAUUUGAAGCGACAGAAGGAUUCUAGUCAGUCUAAGACUAAGAAAGACAAGAAGAAAGAUACUACAUCCAAUCGUAAAAAGCGGGAGCAGGCAGCUAGUCAAAUCAAUGAUUCCCUCAAACAGAAUGUGCCUGUAGGAGAUAAACAUCUUGAAUUGUGUGUACCCUCUAGUUCAAAGCAAGCAGCUAAAUUGGAGAAGCAAGUACUUAGAGAUCAGAUAUCACAAUUUUUGAGUGAAAUGUCUAAAACCAGUCAUCUUGACUGGGUCAUGGAUAGGAAAGUGCAAGAGAAAACGAAGAUGUCUACCAGCUCUCAUGACUCUGUCACUUCUGAAACAGUUCCUUUUCUUGUCACCCCACAAGAGCCUUUUGACAGUACAUUGGCCGGUAUUUCAGGAAAGAAAGCGGAUACAUGUCCGUCAGAAGUCUCCACCUCAGCUGGAUUUGAUGGUAUUGUGAAGACUAACUUGGCUACUCCACUAGAAGAAAAACCAUACGAAUUGAGUAAAUGUGUAUGGGAAGUGCGUUGCACUGCUGAUGUAUGGAAACUCUUACACAACAGGAAGAAGAACCGUGGUAUGGCUCGAGUGGUGGUUGAGAAAAUCCGAAUGCUUGCGAACGGGGAAUGGAGACAUGAUUUGUGUCGUGAAAUAAAGGGUACACCAUCUGGUCUGGUACUGUUUGAAGCCAACGUGAGUCAAGAUGUUCGAAUAGUUUGGGAAAGAGCCAAGUCAUUUUCCCCUCGUCUUAGUACAGUCAAGAAAGACAUGGAUGACUCUUCCGUUGGAUCAAGACGCCAUGUCUACACAGAAGUCGUCCGCAUUUGGGACAUAGUGUUUAAACAUGACCAAUUGAGUCGAAGAAUAGAAAGAAUAGCGCAGUGUCAUAAGAAAGGAGAGGCAGCUAUAAAUAUUAGGCUUUUAGAAGGAAUUAGUAACGAAGAACAGGCAGGUUUUAGAAGUCGCUCACAGCAUGAAUGUCUACCUAAGAAGUAUCUUUUAAAAACAGGGGAGACUGUAAAGACAACGCUGGAGUCUCUCGUUCCACCCGCAAAUCCUCAAGAGAAAGAUUUUAACAUUGUGAAAUUCUACUCUGUCACCGAAAGCAUGGUCACUUCUGCAAUAGUCACUCAAGAAGCAGCAGAUGUCGAUUUCUGCUUUGAUGUCAAUCCGGAAGAGUGGGAUAUCAUUUAUCGGUCCGAUUCCACAUCUACGUUGUUGUUGGGGCGAAGUGGAACUGGUAAGACAACCUGUUGCUUGUACAGAAUGUGGGUCGUUUUUAAGAAAUAUUGGAACACCACCAGUCCGGACAGCCCUUGGUGGCGACAAAUGCAGUAUUCUUCAGACACCACUAAUACUUCAGAUAUGCAAGAGCAAGUGGACAGUGUGCAACCUCGUGUGAUCUCACACCCUCCCCAAACGGUUUCCGCUGAAAAUGGAGGCGAACAAAAUGAUACCAAACAUUAUGACGAUGUUCCAAAUUUUGAACUUAUUCCUUGCACCGUUCUUCUUCCUAAGGGAAAGAGAGAGUCGGUCGCACAAGGCAGCACGUGCUAUUUAUCAGAGGCUCCAAUAGCACGCGAAAAUGGUGUUGCCACGCAUACUCAUCAGGAAAAGUCAAACGGUUACACUCCACGUGUGACUGAUGUCGCAGAAACGUGCGAGCCGUCAGAUCAAUCGACCGCUACGGAGGCGACAUUUGUUCAUCUGCAGCAAAUCUUUGUUACCAAGAACGGUGUACUUUGCGAUCGCAUGCGCAAGAACUUUUUCAACCUCUGCCGUGGAGAUACAAUUGCACAGAAUCAUCUUCCCUAUGAAAACGAACUGCUGCCAUAUCGUCUCAGCGAUGUGCUUCCUCUUCAGUUUCCAUUAUUUCUUACCUCAAGACAAUGGCUGCUUCUUCUGGAUGGAUCUCUUGAGAAGCCAUUUUUUGAGCGUCUAGACAACGGCGCUCUCAAGCAAAAAGUGAACACGUGGGGUGAUAUCGAUAGUUUACUCGACACGGUGCCUCAACUUGAAGAGGAUGUUUCAGACGCUGAAGAUGGCGGGAAUGACAGCAAUGGAGAAGAAGAGAUGGAAGACGUCACCCGUCUUUUGACCGAUGCUGUCGAGACUACAAGAGGUACCGACUCUACUAUUAAUGAGGUAACAUACGCCUACUUUGAAACCUCUAUGUGGUCAAACGUCCGGAAAGCCAGUGAAGAGAAAAACAAGUGUUCAUAUCACCCAUCUCUUGUGUGGACUGAAAUCAAAUCGUUCAUUAAAGGAUCUCUCGAAGCAUUGCACUCUGAAAACGGUUGUCUUUCUCUAGAUGAGUACAGUCACUUUGGUCGUAAACAGGCGCCCAAUUUUGAAGGCAACAGAGAAGAGAUUUAUGCCAUGUUUCUCAGAUAUGAAAAAUUGAAGAAGCAUCUACGAGCUUACGACGAAUGCGAUUUAGUGUUUUACCUUUACCGUCAGCUCGAGGAGCGUCAAAAUUUGGGUUGGGCCGUCAAUCAAUUCUACGUUGAUGAGACGCAAGACUUCACGCAGGCCGAAAUUGCUCUCUUUCUGCGUUGCUGUCAAGACCCGAAUGCUCUAUUUUUGACCGGUGAUACGGCGCAGGGUAUUAUGCGAGGUGUCUCGUUUCGUUUCAAAGAUAUCAGGUCGCUAUUUUACCAUGCCAGUCGAGCUAAUCGUAUCUGUAGUAAGAUCAAAGUACCCGAAAUGCUUCAACUGACGGAAAACUAUCGAUCGCACACUGGGAUUCUAGAGCUUGCCAAUCGUGUGGUCGUUCUAAUGGAGCACUUUUUUCCGGAGACGUUUGACAUUUUGCCGAAAGAUCAAGGGAUUUUUCCCGGUCCAAAGCCUUCGUUGCUUAUGGUGACGGAAUACGAAGAAUUGGCACUGAUGUUGAGAGGCAACAGGAGGCGCUCAUCGCCUAUUGAGUUUGGUGCAAGGCAAGUGAUUCUUGUCAGAUCAGAAGACGUGAUAGACAGAAUGCCCGAGGAACUAACGGUCGGACUAGUUAUGACUGUCUUUGAGGCCAAGGGUUUGGAAUUUGAUGACGUUCUUCUCUACAACUUCUUUACAGACUCAAAGGUCCAAGACGAUUGGAGGGUUGUGUACUCGUUUCUUGAGGAACAAAGUCCUGAAAUUUUUCGUACCUACUCGUUGUCGUCAGGUCGUACUCUGCGGUCGUUGAAGUUUGAAGAGACGAAGCACAAGCUUCUCAGCUCUGAGCUGAAGCAUCUUUACACAGCGUUGACAAGAGCGAGAAGUAAUGUCUGGAUUUAUGACAAGAACGAAACAAAGAGAUCGCCGAUGUUUGAUUACUUUACUGCUUUUGAAGUGGUGAGAAUUGAAAGUGAGAAAGAAGCGGAGGAGGGUGAGGGUGCGUUUAGGUUUGCGAAGGAUAGUACUCCUGAUGACUGGGCUAAGCAAGGCGAUUACUUCUACUCUCACGAGAGGUGGAAAUUGGCUGGGAAGUGCUACGGCAAGGCUGGAGACACGACAAAGGAGUCUAAGAGUCUUAUGCGUCAUUUGGUAAUUGAGGCUGCUAGUACGAUCGAUAAGAAAGCGAAAGUGGAGAAAGUUGUUCAUGCGGCUUUGCACGCUCUGAAGUGUGGGAUGUUUAAACAAGCUGGGCAGUUACUAUUGAAGGGUGGAGAACCAAUGCUUGCAGCUGGUGUGUUGGAAAAGUCUCAUUUGUUGAGGAGGGCGGGACAAGUCUAUGAAGAUUGUCGUAGGCUAGAAGAUGCUCUUCGCUGCUACAGAGAAGGACUAGACUUUCAUUCGACGUUACGUCUGCUUUAUGCCAAUAGGAGAUAUGAGGAAGGAGUGGAGGCUGUUCGUCACUAUGAAGACAUAAAAAGGGCAGUUGGUCAUUGCAGCGAUUUGAAACCUCCUGCCGCUGACAUGACGGAAAGGAAGCUGUUGUGGACUGCAGCGCGUAUGCAUUACAAGGAAGGUAAUAGAGACAAAAUGGACGCGGUUGUUGACACUUUUCCUGAGUUUGAGUUCAAAGUCAAGUUUUACAAGAAUCUCGGACUAUCAGGACAAGUAGUUCAAACAUUACUCAAGGCCGGACGUACACGAGAGGCUAGAGAUAUGCUUUAUGAUGCGCAUGACUAUAGACAAGCAGCCCGAGUAGAUGCCGGUGACAAUGCAUUUAAGGCUGAGUGUUCUCUACUGGACGCCGCCAAAUUGUUUUUGGAAAUGAAUAAAAACGAGACGACUGAAAAGCGAGCAAUUGAAGCUGAAUCGCUAGGGAAUGAAGCUCAGAAAGAGGUUGCUGAAACUCAAACUUCCAGUGUCGUGACUGACAAACAAGCCAAUGAAGCUCAAAAGGAGAUAAUUGAAAAACAAGCAAAUGAAGCCUGGAAACUAUUUGGGUCGGAACGAGAUUCCGUAGGACAAGGAAUUGCAACUUUGUUGAUUGCUGUAUUGAAGCGUAGUCUUGUUGACGCACAGAAAGCUCGAGCUUCGUUUCAAUCAGCAAAAGCUGAUUGUUUGGCUGGAGAAGUAGAAGCAGCAACUCAUCUAAUGAAGGCAAAACUUAAAACUGACAGUGAGUUGAAAGCUGCUCAGCAUACGCUGCCGAUAGCAGCAGAGCUCUAUCGGUGUCUACAUGCUGGUAAAUCAACAUCUGAUAAUCAGCAAGUUGAGAAAUGUUUCCGUUUUUAUGGACUUCGGGAAGUUGGCACUAGCCAGUACGAGACAAACGAACUUUACUCUAUUUGGAUGAAGCUCGAUGAGGCUAGACGAUUUACUCAUGCUGAAGCUCAAUCCAUGUUGUCGGUUCGUGCACUACAGCUACUUAAAACUCUAGUCGAAAGUGGCCGGAGCCAACUGUUAGUGCAAGUAGAAAAGAGUCGUCUGUGCAUUGCCUUUAAGACCGGACAAGGAUGUGCGGGUGUAGAAGGAGGUUGUAGACGUGAUCAUGACCAUUCCUCAGAAUCCGUCCUACGGAGGAUGAAGGUACUGGAAAAGGUUAUUGAAUUCGAGGCGACUAUCAGUACCGUAUUAGGUAAUAUUCAGAAAUCGAAUAACGCUGGAGCAGUCGUCAAGAACAUUCAAAGCAGGGCAGCUCCAGUGGUUGAGCUGCUAUCCGAACUGAUUUGGAGCGGAGGUCAUUCGUCGUCUUUGGCUUGUCCGAGCUCGGUCCUUGCUGAUGCUCUCCUCAAACUAAGCCACAAGUGCAAAGAUUUUGUCCACAAAGCUCUGGAUAAAGCGUUUAGGGAGACGCACUUCAUGAGCAGGCUAUGUGAUGUCAACUUUACGCAUCAAAUGUGGAGCCUCUAUCAGUCUUUCGUGCUGAAGAGUAAUCCUUUGCCGAAGUUUUUGCACAACGAAGAGUAUGAGUUUAACGAACGUCUACAGAGGUCUCCUUUUAAACGGAGAUCGUUCCUGUUGCAGAAGACCGGCGCUUUGGUAAACAAAGACUCAUUUUGGGCUAAAUUGUUUGUGAGACUUUGGGUUGAUGCGCAACACAUGUUGUAUCGAGAUAGUAAUUUUGUGAAAGCGUCUAGUACUCUGCUGAAGAGGUUUCUUACAAGACCUCUCAAAAUGACAUCUUUGCAGUGUCUUCCUAAUGUUUCUGUUGCUCUUUCUGUUAUGGAGUCGGAGAUUCUCUAUUGUCUUACCUUGGCUAUUCAUUUGCAGCAGCCGGUUCGACUAAGAGCAUGUAUGCCGUUGUCAUAUAUCGAAAGUGUUCGGUAUUGGAAUGUUCUCGUUAUGGGUAACGUCGAGUGGCAUUUGAGAGAGAUUCGCAAGUGCAAGAACCAGCGAAAUAUUUUGAAGAAAGUCAGAGAUUUGUUGCAAUAUGCUGUUGAUCUUUUUCUCGGCAUAAUCUCAGACCGAUUUAGUUUGCUUGGUGAUUCUCUCUUAAGCAGCCUGCGAAUAGAGUCUGGCGAGAGUGAGAGAUGUGUUACUCUUGCACUCGUUCUUUUGAUUAACUCAGCUGUAGGAUUCACAGUUCCGUCCAAGAAUGAGGUACUAAUUCGCAAAGCCCUUGCAAGAUUGGCAGUCCAAUUGCAGUCGACAGUUGCAACGACCCUCCCGCUUCGCUUGUUGUCGUGCCUCGACGAAAUAAGCAGUGCGGUCGUGGUAGGAGAUUUGGUUCAUUGCUUGGAGAAGUUACUACGCGAAAGAGGAGAGUUUGUGUGUGACGUUGUUGUCAAUUCAUCCCGACAAGUGUGUUACGUUGAGACUAAAAUAGAUGAAUACUAUGAAGACAGACCACUAAUGAAAAUGGAUGGUGAUGAUGACGACGACUGUUUGACGGCAAACGGACAAUUAGGGAUCAAGGGCGAUGAUGACGUCAACCAAGCGGUACCGUCGAUGCUAGCAGGUGAAGAUGGUGAAGAAGAAGAACUGGAAGACGAAGACGACAUGGAACAGAAUAUCGAGCAAUUGCCAAUCGAUGAAAUGACGAGGCUCGAAAAAGAGGUAAGAAACGAGGAAGCAGAUUUGUUCAGGAAAAGGCAGUUAUUGAAGCUCUAUUUUGGCGAGAUGCUGAGGAAGAAACAUGACAAAGUAUCCAAGACAGCUGACGGGAAUGAGAACCCAGAAGAAAGAUUUUCGCGAUAUGAUUUGGACGACCGCGGAUGCUUAGUUUGUGACGUCACUUUUGUCCGCCCCGAAGAAGACGGGGAGGAACUCCGUAACUCUAACACGAUACCGGUGUUUGAGUUGCAAACUCGACAAACCCACGAAGGAAGUUCGGGGCACUGGACGACGUGGUAUUCGUUCCUAACCUACAGAAAGUUUUACUGCAAUGACAUAUACCCCGUAUUUCAUAGCGUGCGCCGGUUUCUUCAUACCAUUCGGGAAUCGGAAGUGGUCUGGCUAGGAGACCGAAUGGAACUCGAGAUGAGCGACCUAGAGGGCGAUUUGAAUAGCCUCGAACGAAAAGUCGUCGACAACGAAAAGCAAAGGAAAUGGGACAUCGGAAUUUGGAUUUUUACGGAACCGACGGAAGCACUGAGAAACAAAUUGACCGUGUUGCAGAAACAGAUUGACGAUAUCAGGCAACAGGAAUCGCAUCUGCAUCAGCCGGAUACGUCGGAGGUACCUGUGGGUGACGUACAAAACGGUCUCAACUCCGAGGAUCAUUUAUUGGAAGACGGAGACGGCGACGAUCUGGCGGACGUCGGCGAAUUGAGCGUCGACGUCGAAGAGCGGAGCCGAAACCAGAAGAAACAUACUGGAAAGAGACGAAGAAAGGGCGGAAGAAAGAAAUGAUUAUAUCUCAGGAACACGUCGCACGUACUCUGAUUUGAGCACGCAGUUUUGUCUUGUUUUAUUGUUUUAAGUCGCUGGAUUAGGGGAAGCAUUUGUGACGGUAUAUUUUGCUUUUUGCUCGAUGGUUAACUUUUUACGCUUCAUAAAAUGGUAUCAAUCGUUGAUGUGCGCAUGCUUGUAGGAUUAAAAUUAUACGGUUAUAUGAGUUA